GCAGCAGGUGCCCGGGGUACAUUGCAAGUGCGCGUGCGCAUAUCAGCACACUAAACGUUUACAAUGUUUUAUUUAUUUUCUUUAUAUAUUUUAUUUUUGAGGAAAACAACAAUAUCAUUAUUAACUUCGUUUUGUAAUUAAAGUUCGCUAAUAUAAAACAUAUGUACUUAAAUAGUUUAUGAUUGGAGAGUGGAGUGUAUACAGUGUGCUUUAAAAUAGAUGUGUCGUGGCGGGUGCAUGUGUCUUGUUGAACUACACACGGAGUGCUGUAUAGCUGAGUGGUAGUGCGUGUAAUACCAGCUGUCUUAGUGGUAGCAGUAGGUGGUACCGCAACCAGCAGUCAGCAGUUGCAGUGGUGCGGCGUCAUGUCUCGCGGCACGAUGAGGACGAGCGCGCGGGUAUCCAGCCACCUCUUGAUCCAUGUCAAUCUUUUGCUUACGUUGUCGAGCGGCGCGGGGCUGGCGACGGCGGCGCGCCUCAAGUGGGACCCCAGCACGUACGUGGUGGUGCGCGAGCUGGUGCCCACCGAGUACCGGGUGUUCGCGGCGGUGCUGUGCGCCGCCUCCUUCGCGCUGAUGCUGCUGGCGCAUCUCGGCGGCGCCGCGCUACUCACGCGCCCUUCGCCCGCCCGCCGGACCAUGCUCUACACGUUCGCGGCGCUCAUGUCGGUGCUGGUGAUGUGCGAGCUGGUGUUCAUGAGCUGGGCGCUGGGCCGGCUGCUCGCCUGGCUGCACUCGCCGGAUGCCGCCGUUGUCUACGAGGCGCUCGACCUCCGCGACGAGAUCCGCACCAUUAUGAGGUUCAUCAACCGCCUGUAUCCGCUCCCCGCCGAGAUUAAUGAACUCUUAGAGGAGGUGGAGCAGGACCUGCCACGCAACCUGUACGUGGCGGGGGCCGGAGUGGUGCUGGUGGCCCUCUCGCAGCCGCUGUCCAUCGCGCUGGCGUGCGUGGCGGCGCGCGGCGCCACGGACGGUGCGCACGGCGACGCUGCCGGUGACCGGGGACUCAGUCGCUCGACCACCGACGACGGAGACAUCUUCCAUUCAGACUCGAAGAAGCCGUUGAUCAAAUACCAGAAUGGACGACUCGUGGCGCUGUGAACGCCUCCCACCAUGGACUCUCCCAACGCACCCAUUUUAUUCAAUCUGUGGAAUUUGUAAACCAGGGAAAGAAAAGAGAAAAAAUAAUGUAAAUAUUUUUUUUCUGGAAAAUCGGCAAAAUAUUAAAGCGUGUGAAAUACAUACACAUCGCACAGAAAUUAAACAACGCUUGGAAAAUUUAUAUUAAUAUAAUAUAUUUAGUAUUGUAUAAAUUAAUGAUUUACAGAAUGUAGUUAGCAUACUCGUAUUUCGCCGAAACGAAGUUGUGAUUUGAGUCUCGGUUAGACCAAUUUAGAAUAUAAACUUUCGAUGGUGACGCAUCUUGUUGCUCGGUUUGUCCCGACCUUUCUUAUUCUCACAAUGCUGGGUCAGCAAUCAUGCAUGAUCUAUAAAAAAAAAUCUAAGUCAUAACAAUUAUAUACGAAAUAAAUGGCAAAUUGUCUUAAUUUCAUGACUAAAUUAAAGUGUUGAUAUACCUCCCCAUUACAUUAUAUUUAUUUAUAUUUUAUAAUAAUUUGAAUACAAUUUCCAUUAUUUAUAUUAUAUUAUUAUUCAUAUUGUUAAUAUCUUUACUCAUUUAAUAAUUUAAUUAUAUUUUAAUGUUUGUCAAACACAAGGCACGCUGUGGUUGCCUAUAAAUGUAAGAACGGUGAGAUCUGAGCUGCCAGUGUAUUGUAUUAAAACUUAGCUUUAUUGUAGCUGUAUCUUAUGUUGGUAAUCCUGUAAAUAAAUAAAUAAAUUAAUAAAUUUAUAAUUUCUAUUAUUGGUUAUUGUUACUAAGAGUAUAGGCGUGUAUAGCAACAGAUGGAUUACUGUUAAUAUAAUGUUAAUGAGAGAAAAUAAUGAACUUGAAACGUGUUAGUAGUUAAAACACUGUAUAUUAUGUAGCUAUCUACUACGGCAAUAACCUCUGUUCAAAUGUAUAUUUUUAAUGUAGUCUAGUGUGUUGUGAAUGUAGUGUACGAAAUAUUUUAAAUUGCAAUAUGAAUUGGCAAUAAAAGAUGAAGGGAAAUAAGGAACAUAGUGUUGCAGGCGUCCGUAGCCUACAGUGACCGUUUACCAUCAGAUCGGCUGUAUGCUCGUUUGCCACCUCCGUGGUAUUAUAGAAAAAAACAUGGAGGGAGUGAAACAGUUGUAUUUUUCUUGCAGGCUUUGGGUGGUGGUAUUAUGGUUCUAUCACGUGACGCCACUUGCAGUGGAUACUGUAGUACACUGCGCGUAUUACUGUAGGAAUCUAAAAUAUGUAAACUAAAUUGCAUAAAUAUUAUUUACAAUUAAAUGUGUAUUUUUUAUGUAAUUUAUUUAUUUAUUUGUAAAAGGAAAACCAAAACUUAUUAACAUAAAAAAUAACUACACGAUAACAACAAUUAUAAAUAUUAAUUAAUGAUAUUAUUGAUUUUUUUGUAAUAUUUUAAUAUAAAUUUUCUUUUAACAUCUUG